UUUUUUGUUUUUUUGUGUGUUUUCUUUUUUUUUGUGUUUUUGUUUUUUUGUGUUUUUUGUGUUUUUUACUUAACAUUCAGAAAUCAUUUUCAGCCGUCACUUCUGCCAAAUAGUUUUGAAUAUGUGCCUUUAAACUUAUUUUUCGAAGGGCUAAUGCUCUCCAAAAAUUUUCCCACAAUCGUGUCCAAGUCAUCUAAUACAAAAUUUUCAGUAGUAACUCUUGAAGGCAUCUCCGGAAACGGUGAUUCUUCUUCAACUUCCUCCUUUAUAGCCUUUUUAACAACAUCAAGAAAAAUGUCAAUUUGA